UAAAAACAUACGUUAUUAUUUAUAUAACCAUAGUAACCAUUAUUUACUGUUUUAUAACUUACAAUAAUGAAUAUUGAGCUAUUAUUUGAAACCUAAUAUUAUAUAUUGUUAUUAAAAUCAACAGCCUAUUACUUUUACUAAACAUGGGUGAUUUAAAAGCAACCACUGUUAAAGAUGCGAUAAAAAAUUGGGAAGAAGUAAAUAAUGAAUCAGCUUCCGAAGCAAUAUAUGUUGGACUUCAAUUUCAAUGGCCACCAAUAGAAAAAAUGGAUAACAGUUUAUCUGUCUUAACAAAGUGUGAAAAACUGUCAUUAAGUACAAAUAUGAUCGAGAAAAUUACAGGAUUAUCAGCAUUGCGAAAUCUAAAAAUUUUAUCCUUAGGGCGCAAUUAUAUUAAAGCCUUUACGGGGUUAGAACAGUUGUCUGAUACUUUAGAAGAAUUAUGGAUUUCAUAUAAUUUAAUAGAAAAAAUGAAAGGAAUAUUGGGUAUGCGAAAACUUAAAAUUUUGUACAUGUCAAAUAAUAAUGUCAAAGAAUGGGCUGAAGUAAUUAAAUUGGCUGAUAUGGAAAGCCUUCAAGACUUUUUAUUUGUUGGUAAGAUAAGAAAUUUUAAAUAUGAAAAAUAAACAAUAAAAAAGUUGUUAAUAAAUUUUAAUUAAAACCACUUAUUGUAAAAUAAAAAUUAAUCAAAACAUGAAGCCUUGAAAAUACAAUAUCUGAAAUCAUUAACAAUCCCGUGUUAAGAAGGAGGCGAACGCUCCGGGGCCCGCGAGUUAUGUAUCCAUAUCGAAUUUUACUAGCCAAGUUAUAAUUAGUGUCAGUUUUUUAUUCUUAUCGCUAUUUUUAUAUUACUGAUAUUUUUUCCAUAUUUAUAAUUGUUUAAGACUUAGGGGUAUAUUAUAAAAUAAAUGAAUAUAGUAUUUAUUUAAAAUAUUUUAUCUAUCUAUAAAGAUGAAAUAUCGUAUUUUCAUAUUUAG